CCAUGGUGUGGGCCGAAGAUCAUUGGCCGGAAAAGACGAAAACACUCCGGUUCUCGAGUGUUGGCUUUCUAGUAGAGAUGGCUAGAUGGCGGUGUUGAUUGAACGGCGGUACGGUACAGCGUAGAUCGUCACCGGCAACCUUUCAGAUAGAUCAUCUACCGUUCUCUCUGGUCCCGUUGUCCUCGGUUGGCUCCAUCCAUGUAGUCGGCCGGAUAUAAGCCAGUUCGUCUGUUAUAUGAAUGUUAUUGGGGCUCAGAACCACAGAAGCAAAUCGAACUUUCUCGCUUACGAUUGCUGUUCCCACUUCAAGUGGCAAAUUCGAAGAUCUACCAAUCAUCACCAAUCACCAAUCGCCACCACCAGGUGCUCACCUUUCACCAUUCCGAGCUCUAGCUUUUUGUUGUUUGACCCAUCAUCAUCAGGAAAGAGAUCUGUGCCAGGGUCCAUCCAUUGCGCUCAAUAAUAUAUCCACCUUUGUGAUUGAAUUAUCAAGUAGAAAAGAUCAAGAGACGUUGAUCUAGCUAGGUGCUCCAGAGAGUUGCAGUGCAAAAGAUAAAGGAUCCUUUUAGCCUUUUGAUAUCGCUGAUACCCUUGGAUACCUACUGUUUCAUACCAAAGAACAAUUGUGAAAGGUACCAUGUGGCCAUCACAAAAAAUCCUCAGACAGCGCCAUGAGAGAAUAUCCCUCUUGGCGUUGUUACAUGUAUUAUUGGUGGUGUUCCUGUCAGUGGUUUCCGUGGAAUCUUUUAUCUUUCCUGCUGUCCCCUCGUCCGGACGGCAAUACAUGGAUACCACCACAGCUACCAUCACCACCACACAACUCGCCAGCACCCCCGAAGGUCGACCUGAUAUGGAUGUCGUUUUUGGAUCGGCACAAGCUUCCAAGAGCGCUAAUGGACUUUACGAAGAUGACGUGGACGACGAUCAAUUGGAACGAAUGCAACGCCAGGCCAAAGUUCAAGCCCUAUUAGAAGAACAAGACGUGGAAUUCAAAGCCGCACGCAAACGCAAACAAUGGGGAAAAUUCGCCAACAUUACCAACAAGGAAGAAUUAGAACCGCUUCUGCAGCAAGAGCGAAAAAAGUUGGAGCAAGAAAACAAAGUCAAGCUGGAUGUGGCUGCUGCCACUGGUGUCACCAUGGAAGUGCUGGAUCCCAUUGACAACAUGAUUGACACCACUGUCUACGAUGAAGGUGGAACCAUUCAAAUCAGAAGCGGGAGUCAGCCACUCAACGCGAGAUGGUAUGCCGAAGUCGAUGAAGAAUUGAAGCAGGAAUGGGAUUCCUUGGUGGGAAAUGACGACAGCGAGGCGGGUGAAAUGGAGGAUGUCAAAGUCCAGCUCAACAAUGGAAAGGUUGUCAGUAGAGAAACCAUGCAAGGUGUCAGAGUUGGUAGUGCCGGGGGGUGGUCUCUCGAAGUCUUUCCCGGUGAUUUUGUGGUCCACCGAAAGUAUGGCAUUGGACGAUUUGAAAAGACGUGCCUUCGACCCAAAUCAAAAUUAACCGAGGCUGAGAUUAAAGCACGGGAUGCCCGUCGUGUAGAAAUACUCACACAAGAACUGAGAAAGCGAGGCAAAGGAAAAGGCGGCACCACAACAGAUGUCAUUCAAGGAAUCAGGGCAACAUUUGGUACCGAAGCAGACACUGAUCCCAUUUCCAAUCCACAAACCACAGUAUUGGAGAUUUCCUAUUCCGAUGCUGUGGUCCAUGUACCCGUUGACAGGGCAUACCGAUUGAGUCGUUAUCGGUCUGGAGACUCUGUCGUCAAACCAAGACUUAGUCGAGCUCGAGGAGAAGCAUGGAGUAGAGCCAAGGCCCGUGUGGAGGAAAAUACUCUAGAAUUAGCACAGGAUGUGCUUGCCUUGUACGCGACACGGGAAACCUUGCAACGGCAGCCCUUGGAUCCUACCAAAGAGGAGGUAGUCAAACGGUUUGAAACGACAUUUGCCUACACACCGACGCCUGAUCAACAAAAAUGCUUUGAGGAUGUGGAAAAUGAUAUGGUAUGGCGGCCCCGUCCCAUGGAUCGUUUGGUGUGUGGAGAUGUCGGCUUUGGAAAGACAGAGGUGGCUAUUCGAGCCCUAUUCCGCGCUGUUGAAAACGGAAAACAAGCUGCAUUGUUGGCACCCACGGGAGUCUUGGCAGCUCAACACUACAAAAACAUACUGAAGCGUUUGGGUCCCGAGACCGAGUGGAAUAUCAGUGUGGCCUUGCUGCGUGGUGGCAUGGGCAAACAUACCAAAUCAGGAAAGGAGCUCCGUGGCCAAAUUAACGGUGGUGACGUUCAGUUGAUUGUUGGGACUCAUGCAUUGCUCAGUAACGAUCUCAAGUAUCAUAAUCUUGGGUUGCUGGUGAUUGAUGAAGAACAGCGGUUCGGAGUGAAACAAAAGGAACGACUCAAACUCAUCUGUGGUGGGAUCGAUGUGCUAACACUCAGUGCCACCCCUAUUCCACGUACCCUGCAGAUGUCUCUCAGUGGCAUUCGAGAUACAUCAACUAUUCGAUCUCCGCCGCCCAUGCGAAAGCCAACAAAGACCUAUGUGCAGCCGUUCUCACAAGAAGUCAUUCGGGAUGCCAUCAAGCUUGAACUUGAGCGUGGAGGGCAGUCGUACUACGUUGUUCCUCGCAUCUCGAUGCUUGGUGAGGCCCAGAAAACUAUUCAGGAACUCUUCCCAGACAUUCGCAUCAUCCAAGCACACGGCCGAAUGAGUAGAGGCGGCGCCGAAAACAAUGUAGCUGAAUUCGCUGAAGGAAACUACGACAUUUUGCUUGCAACCACAGUGAUUGAAAAUGGAGUGGACAUCCCCAGCGUCAAUACAAUCAUCAUUCAGAACAGCCAGUCAUUUGGUAUGUCAACUAUGUAUCAGUUGAGAGGAAGAGUUGGUCGUUCCGAUCGCCAAGCCUAUGCCUACUUUUUGCACAACGAGGAGUCGGUGACGGAGGAGGCAUUCUUGCGUCUUCAAGCAAUGGGUGAUCUUCACGAAUUGGGGUCAGGUUUUGAUAUUGCCAACCGAGAUUUAGAAAUUCGGGGUGCUGGUAGUUUGUUGGGAACCGAGCAAUCUGGUAUGGCUGCCAAAGUCGGUUUCGAUCUGUACAUGCGGAUGCUGAAGAAAUCCAUUCGGAAGUUGCGUGGACUGGAUGUGCCUCUAGUGCCCCGAACAAACUUCCUGGUUCUGCCAGAGGGAACAUCAGUAGAAGUUUUCAGAAUACCGAAAAAGUACAUUCCUGACGACAAGGAACGUCAAGAACAGGAAACCAAGGCACGCCUUGCUGAAAGCACUGCAGCACUAGUCAAGCUGACGAAUCUGUGGAAGAAAAAGUAUGGUGCGAUCCCUGCUAGCGUACAAUUUCAGCUCAAGACGAUGCAUUUGCACGCAUGCACGCGUCGAUUAGGAGUUGACUUGGCUGGGCUCAUUUUGGACGAGGAGACUGGAACACAGGAUUGUGUGCUACGAUCUCCUGGACUACGUCCACGGCAUUGGGCAAAGAUAGUCGAACUCAUGCCCAACGGUGUUGCCCCUAAAGGCUUAAAUGUUGUGUUCCCUCCGAGAUUCACAGCAACGGGGCAAGAAGAAGAGAGCGUGGGCGGCAAGAAGGUAGACUUGAAGUCUCUGCUAAGCGAUGCCAGUCUUAGUGAGGAUAACGAUGACGAUGAUUGGGACUCUAUGGACGAGGAAGACGUCGAAGCGAUGAAAGACAUCUCAUCUGCCUUUUCGGUGAUGGAUAUGAACGAUGUGGAUAUUGAACAGUACCCUCGACUGGUAGUGAAGAACUUGGGACAAGUAGAUGCCAGGACAAUCGACAAGAUGCUAAAAGUGUUGCUUCCUCUGUCGAGAGUGGUGUACGAAGAACAAGAACGAGACAAAGAGCGAGCCAAGAAUGCGGCUGACCUAAGAGAUAAGCGUGCUUUGUUGAAGCAAAGAGCAAAGGUGAAUGAGUCGCUAGAGGCUAGGCGAAAGGGGUACAACCUGUCACCAACAGAGAAGAAUACUCUACGCUCAUCGGGUAACUUGUAGGUAGUGUUGGUCUGAUGGUUUAAUAAAAUCUAUCUACUACU